AUGGCGGAGACGGAGUACCGCUGCUUCGUGGGCGGCCUCGCCUGGGCCACCGACGACAACAACCUCCAGCAGGCCUUCAGCCAGUACGGCGAGAUCCUCGACGCCAAGGUAACCCAGAUCAUCAACGACCGCGAGACGGGGAGGUCCCGUGGGUUCGGCUUCGUCACGUUCGGCAGCGAGGAGUCGAUGCGCCAGGCCAUCGAGGAGAUGAACGGCAAGGAGCUCGACGGGCGCAACAUCACCGUCAACGAGGCCCAGUCCCGCCGCUCCGGCGGUGGGGGCGGCGGCGGCGGCUACGGCGGCCAGCGCGGCGGUGGCGGAGGCUACGGCGGCGGCGGUGGCGGCUACGGCGGCCAGGGCGGCGGCGGCUACGGCCAGGGCGGCGGUGGCGGCUACGGCCAGGGCGGCGGUGGCUACGGCGGCCAGCGUGGUGGCGGCGGCUACGGCGGCGGCGGCGGUGGCUACGGCGGCCAGCGCGGCGGCGACUCCGGCGGCCAGUGGAGGAACUGA